AUUGCUAGUCACUCCUCAGUUCUCCAGUGCGUAAAGUCACUUCCCUUAUCUGCAGAGCAGGGAAAGGUAUUGUAUUCAGAGAUGGAGAGAAAUAGUAGUUUUAGUGUUCAUAUUUCACUGGUGGUGAUUUUGUUGGUGAUGGGUGUUGGUGAUGCAUUAUCACCAUUAUCAAGCAAGUACAAUUACUUGGAAGAGCAAUCCAGGAGGAAUCUGCUGUCUAAUGGUCUUGGGAUGACACCUCCCAUGGGGUGGAACAGUUGGAAUCAUUUUAAUUGCAAAAUUAAUGAGAAAAUCAUCAAAAAGACUGCGGAUGCUAUUGUUUCCACUGGUCUUUCCAAACUCGGAUACAACUAUGUUAAUAUAGAUGAUUGCUGGGCCGAGAUUUAUCGUGAUGAAAAGGGCAAUCUAAUACCAAAGAAGUCGACGUUUCCAUCUGGAAUGAAAGCUUUGGCAGACUAUGUUCAUAGCAAGGGCCUUAAGCUUGGAAUUUAUUCUGAUGCAGGGUAUUUCACUUGUGCCAAAACGAUGCCUGGUUCACUUGGUCAUGAAGAACAAGAUGCAAGCACUUUUGCUUCAUGGGGUAUUGAUUACUUGAAGUAUGAUAACUGUAACAAUGAUGGAACCAAGCCAACUGUUAGAUAUCCAGUCAUGACCCGAGCUUUGAUGAAGGCAGGACGACCAAUCUUCUUCUCACUUUGUGAAUGGGGAGAUCUGCACCCUGCUUUGUGGGGUGCUAAGGUAGGAAACAGCUGGAGAACAACCAAUGACAUUUCUGAUACAUGGGAAAGUAUGGUCUCUAGAGCAGACAUGAAUGAGGUUUAUGCUGAGCUUGCAAGGCCCGGUGGUUGGAACGAUCCUGAUAUGCUUGAGGUGGGAAAUGGCGGAAUGACGAAAGAUGAAUACAUUGUACACUUUAGUAUCUGGGCCAUUUCCAAGGCUCCUCUUCUCCUCGGUUGUGAUGUGAGUAACAUUACAAAAGAGACAAUGGAUAUUGUCGCCAAUAAAGAGGUUAUUGCUGUUAAUCAAGAUUCACUUGGCAUUCAAGCUAAGAAGGUUAGAAUGGAAGGAGAUCUUGAGGUCUGGGCAGGGCCUCUUACAGGCUAUAGAGUAGCUCUCCUCCUUGUGAACCGAGGUCCUGGGCGUAACACCAUUACAGCUGAAUGGGAUGACAUUGGUAUUCCGCCCAAAAGCGUCGUGGAAGCAAGAGAUCUUUGGGAGCACAAGACACUGGAGACACAGUUUGUGGAUAACCUGACGGCCACCGUUGAUUCUCAUGCCUGCAAAAUGUACAUCUUGAAACCUAUUUCGUAGAAUUCAUCGCGCCCGUAAGAUUUAAACUAUCUGUUGGACAUGUUACUGGAUAUCUGUUUUUGCAAUAAGGUUUACAUUCUUCGCCACGCGCGUUCAUGAAUUUGAUGAACGAUGCGUGAAGUUGGAGUGUCCGGUGUCCCGGGGUUAACCUGGAUUGCCGCAUGCUUCUUGUAAGUAGUUGCUGCAAAUUGAGCAAGAGUCUUUCCACUCUGUCUUGUUUUUAACAUUCUCAUUCUCCAUAAUGAUGUUUGUGGCACCUAA